CAACAGCUCCGCAGAAGUACAGGGUUAUCAACAUUUGCACGCGAUGACGAAAAGAAAACUCGAGCAGAAUCAUACUGGAAAAAAGAAAAAGAAAGUCAGAGAAGAAGUAGUGCUAGAAUCUACGAUAUCUUCUGAUGAAAUUCCCAAAACUCAGGCAAAGUGGACAAACAAAGAAAGAGUGCUUGUAUUUUCAUCUCGAGGGAUCUCAUACAGGGGCCGUCACUUGAUGAAUGAUUUACGGACCCUUAUGCCUCACUCAAAAGCUGAAUCAAAAAUGGACAGGAAAGAUCAGCUGUUUGUCAUCAAUGAGAUGUGUGAAAUGAGAAACUGUUCAAAAUGUAUUUACCUGGAGGCAAAGAAGAAGCAGGAUCUUUACAUGUGGUUAUCAAAUGUACCAAGAGGCCCAUCUGCCAAAUUCCUGAUAGAAAACUUACACACAAUGUCUGAGUUGAAGAUGACAGGGAAUUGUCUGAAGGGCUCCAGACCUUUACUCUCAUUUGACCAGGAAUUUGAUAAAGAGCCACACUGGAGCCUCUUAAAAGAACUUUUAAUACAGAUAUUCAGCACACCAAACCAUCAUCCCAAAAGCCAGCCAUUUUUUGAUCAUGUUUACACAUUUUCCAUAGCUGACAACCGGAUCUGGUUUAGAAAUUACCAGAUCCUGGAGGAGGAUGGCUCUUUAGCAGAGAUCGGACCCCGAUUUGUUUUGAACCCUAUCAGGAUAUUUGAGGGGAGCUUUGGAGGAGCCACACUUUACCAGAACCCCCAUUAUGUAUCUCCAAAUGAUCUGAGACAUUUGAUGAGGAAGAAAGGUGCCCAGAAAUACAUGUCCAGAAUCCAGGCCAAAAAAUCACUGGAGACGAGACGUGGGCAGCCAUCUUACGAGACUGACCCGACCGACGAGGUGUUUGUUACGAUACGACCAGAUGUUGUUCAGGACAAUUCUUGAUAAAUAAACACAAAAAAAGUCUACAGUAUAUUCUGGAUAUUUUAUUAGAGUGAUGCAAGCAAUAUAGCAGCACAUCAUUAUUUAUCAUACUGAACAUCAAAUUUACAAAAGAUGCUAUCUGAGAACAGACUAUUAUAUAGGUCUGGAUAUGAACAUGGAUGAGGACCUUCAUCUUUUUGUCCAAUAUUUCAUUAUUUUGCCUCAGUUUUAAAGGUCAAAGCCUUAUUGUACUGGAAUAAAAUCAAUCGAAAGCCUCUUGAAAAUUUUAUAAAAAUACCAGUAUAGUGUAUAAUAAUUGGCCUAUGUUAAAAUCUUAAUCUAGUUAGAACAUUUGACAUAAACUGUUCAUGUACAAGACAAAACUUUCUUUUAUAAAAAUGUACAUAAAAAUGGAUAUUUCAAGCUUUUUGUAGAAAUAUCGGUACUUUUUUUUUUGUAUUGCUUGUGUAUUAGUUGUUGAAUCUUGCAGAAAACCUUUAUCUUGGAUAAUUUUUUAUGUCUUUUCAGAGAGUGGAUACACUUUUGUAACCCAAGUAAUAAUUUUCUCUAAGCAUAUUACUUAUUUUUGAUAUGUAAAUGAAAAUAUUCACUAUAAAGAGAUCGAUGCCCUAUUUAGUUUAUCAUGCACAUUCAGUAUCCAGUUUGUGGUCCAUGUCACCUGCAAAGCAAAGCAACACUGGAUACUGUAAAUCACCAAAUUUCUCGAACCUUAUUUUUGCACUGAAGUUCUUUGGUAUUUAUAAAUGAGGCAGAAUUUUCACAAAUCCUUGUCAUUGUUGUAUGUAAUCUUCAGUAAUAAAAAUAUAUAAAAUUUU